GAAAGUAUCAAUCAAUCAUGUACGAGUUGCAGUGAAAGAACAUUUUCUGGAGGUCUCCCACAAAUCCUGGGCAAAACCCACCCUUAAACCCGCAAAAUUAACCCACUUUGAACUCAAACUUAAAGGGAGAACCAAAAAAAUGGAGUCAAGUAAUGGUGAAGUCGGGGAAAGCUCUUCAAUUUCAAGGUUGUCGAGCAACAACAACGGCGAUAACAAGGCUGUCAUCGUUAGGGUUAAGCGCAAGCUUGACCAAUCUCCUCUUGACGCUUUCUGGCUGGAAAUCAAUGAGAGACCUGUGAAGCGUCCAUUAAUCGAUUUUAGUCAGCUAUCCAUUUCUGAUUCUUCUACUCAAGAGGAAUCGAAGAUCAAAAGGGUCCUAGUCGAACAUGUCGAAACUGUUAGCAGCUCUGAAGCUAGCAUUCACUUUUUGCAAUCCUUUGUGCCACCUACUCCUGAUGGUGAUUCCAAGUUUAAAGCUAGCACUAAAGAGCGAAAACGCACUCUCCAAAAAGAGAAUAAGCAUGACCAGCUAUUGUCCAAAGCUAAGCAAGAACAAGAGGAAAUUGCAAAAAGUGCACGUUUUGAACAAAUAUGGAAGCGUAGAAUGGGCAAUAAAGAGGCAAUCCAUGAUGAGGCUUUAGAUGAAGUAUGUCGUGUCUAUGAUGUUCUCCGUGUUGAUAAAGACGAGACGGUGAAAAGGCAGGAAGAAAUCUCUUUGGACGAUCAGGAGAUGCUCAGUAAAUUCUUGCCUCUCUUAAGGGAGUGUGUCCCUGGGGCUGUAGAAGAGAUUGAAUCAGACAUUUGUUCCUAUGCUUCCAGACAAGAUUCAGCUGAUGAGUAUGUGUACGACAUAUAUGCAAUCAUGGAAAAGACAGAUGAAACAGAGGCAUCUUAUCCAUUUCCUUUGGUUCAAGUUGAUGAUGAUGAUUAUCACUAUGAUGGUCCUAAUGAUUCAGACUAUGAAACUGACGACUCUAAUGCUGAGCAACAUCCAAAUAAUGAUUACCCAGAAGAGGAGUCUUCGGAUGAGGAAGAGGAGAAAUCCUCAAAAUCUGGGAGUGAAUCAGAAGAAAAGGAAAGUGAAGCAGAAAGUGAUAUAAAAUCGGAGGAAGCAGUGGAUUAUGACCAAUCAGAAGAUCUGCUAUCCGAUGAUGAGAUGAACGAAACCCAUAACAAUCAUUACUCUCAUGAUUAUGCUGAUGACGACGAGGACUGGAGAUGGGCACAUCGUUGAGUUUUUUUAGGCUUACAAGCAUUGUCUGUAACUAAUUAUAUUCUCUCGAGAUUUAGCGGCAGUAGAAUGACACCGCCUUUUGCUUGUAAAAAUGGAUGUGUAUUACUGCUA